AUGCCUUCUGUCUCUCCCUCGCACUACACCAUGGACAACGCACCCUUGAUCGGAGUCAUUGGCGGAUCCGGCUUGUACAAGCUCGACAACCUCGAGAUCGUCAAGACCGUCAACCCCGUCACCCCCUGGGGCCCUCCCUCAUCGCCCAUCACGAUUGCCUCGCUCUCUACGCCCGAAGGACCCGUCACGCUCGCCUUCCUCGCCCGCCAUGGCCCUCACCACAACAUCCCGCCCUCGAACGUCCCCUCGCGCGCCAACAUUGCCGCCCUGAAGCGCAUCGGCGUCAAGGCUAUCGUGGCGUUCUCCGCCGUCGGAAGCCUCAGGGAGGAGAUCCGCCCCGGAGACAUCAUCGUCCCCGACCAGAUCAUCGACCGCACCAAGGGCGUCCGCCCCUCGACCUACUUUGACCGGACGAUGGUCGGCCACGCCAUGUUUGGCGAGCCGUUCGACGUCCAGCUUCGCGAGUUCAUUGUCCCUCACGUCAAAGAAGCGAUCAACACCUUCAAGGGCCACAUCAACCCGUCUGACGAGCCUCGCCUGCACACGAAGAAGACGGUGGUCGUCAUGGAGGGACCGCAGUUCUCGACCCGCGCAGAGAGCAACAUGUACCGUCUCUGGGGCGGUGACAUUAUCAACAUGAGCGCUUUGCCCGAGGCCAAGCUUGCGCGCGAAGCCGAGCUCUCCUACGCCCUCGUGGCCACGAGCACCGACUACGACGCGUGGCGCGUCGACGCUGCGCCGGUCACGGUCGAGGAGGUGAUGAAGACGCUCCGCACGAACGCCGAGCUGUCGAAGCACAUCACGGCCUCGAUCCUCGGCGCCGUCCACACGGCCGUCAAGUCGGGCCAGAUCCAAGGCCAGACAGGCCAGAUGCAGUACUCGCUCAUGACGCCUCACAAGGAAGUCGGUGCGGAGGAACUUCACCGCCUGACGUACCUCCUGCCCAACUACUUCAACUACCCCGAUCCGGCCGCCGAGCGCCGCUCGCGCUCGCGCGCACGCAUCGAUGUCGACAUGGACGACUACACCGGCGGCGAGGAGCCCGCCCCUCGUGGCCGCCAGUAG